UCUCCCUAGGCCUACUAUUUAUGCAGCUAUGCAGAAGUUUGAAGAUAAGAGUACGCGCAGCCAAGAGUAAUUUGAUGAAGUGCUUUCUCUUUUGUGAAUGACUGAUAGCAAUUGCCGCGCAGCCAAGAGUAAUUUGGGGAGACAGAGUGACUGAGCCAUGGCCCAUGGAGGUCAACGACGACUUGAGAGCUAAAUAUGAGAACAAAGAUCCCUUCACGACUUCACAUUUCUUUAUGAAUUUGCUAUCAAAGCCAUCAGUCUAUGAUUCCUAUCCCCCAAAAUCAGAGCAUGAAUUCGUGUCCGAUUUCAGUUGCUUUGCUAUUUCUCUGCUUCUUCAUCACUUUCUCAUCUUGUAGUAAUAGUCAAGCUGACUUCACAGGUGAUGUUUCCAUCAACUGUGGCUCGACUGGAGCUGCAGCGGCAAGCAACGGUCGGCAAUGGCUCGGAGACGCACGUUCAAAAGCCUCUCCAGUGCUGCAGCUAAGGGGCUUUUCAGCCGCGUCAACGGCCAUCCGCCACUUGACCUCUGCUGAUCCAGUUCCCCACAAGACUGCGAGAAUCUCCCGCUCACAAUUCUCAUAUGCAUUUCAAGUCAACGCAGGUCAGAAAAUUAUCCGUCUUCACUUUAAUCCCACUCCAUACAGAGGGUUUAAAGGGUUGCGAGACUUUUUCACCGUUGAAGCUGGCCCUUUUACCUUGCUCAGUAAUUUUAGUGCUUCCCUUACUGCUGAUGCUCUUGGUGUGAAUACUUUUGCUAAAGAAUUCUGUUUAAAUAUUCAAGAAAAUCGACAGCUCAACUUAACUUUCUCUCCUGAAAUUAGUCAAUCACAGCAUACAUAUGCUUUCAUAAAUGGCAUCGAGAUUAUAUCGAUGCCAGCCAGUCUUUCCUACUUUCAUAGUGGAGAAAUUGGGGUUCGAGUUCUUGGUCAGAAUUCUAUGGUCUACUUUGAUGAUAGCAUUGCACUUGAGAUAGUCCAUCGGCUACAUACUAAACAGGAUUUGAAUCAGCCCACUGGAGAUUUCAACGGCGUUUUUCCCAAGUGGGCAACACAGAGAGCAGACAAGGUCAAAAACAACACUUGGAAAAUGCCGGUGGAGGUGGGAUUCAGGUACUUGAUCAGGCUUCAUUUCUCGGAGGUGGGACUUAAGAUUGCAGGCGCUAGUGGGUCGAUGUUUAAGAUCCUCGUUAAUGAGAUGAUUGCUUAUGCUAACACUGAAAUGGUGAAUGGAUGGAAUCAGGAUAACAUUCUCUUGUAUAGGGACUACAUGGUGGUGAUGAGAGGGCGCAAACAAAAUGGCAGACGCGAUAUCUUGAUUUCCUUGCAGUCAUUUGAAGAACUCGCGGAUGGACUUGGAGUCCUUGCAGGAUUUGAAAUAGUUAAGUUAAGCAACGCUGAUGAUAGUCUAGCUAGUCCAAACCCCCUGCCUCCACCUCAGAAUUUACAAUCCCACACACUCCGGAAUUUGCUGUCACUUCUUGGUUAUAAACAUGCUGGUGCAACCGUUGCAAUAGCUGUAAUAUCUGCAUUGAGUAUCAUUGUUCAUACAUUGCGAGAAAUUUUUGAAGCUAGGAGCACUGAGGACGAACACAAGCCAUCAGCCAAGGCUGAAAGACACUGUCGCCGCUUUUCACUAGCUGAGAUCGAAUUAGCCACUGGAUACUUUGAUGGCAGACUUGUUAUUGGAAGGGGUGGAUUUGGUAAUGUCUACAAAGGCCUCAUUGAUAACGGACAAACAACUGUUGCUGUAAAGAGGUUAAGAUGGGACGCCACUCAGGGGGAGCGUGAGUUUCGGACUGAAAUUGAAACACUUUCUGAACUUCGGCAUAUCAAUAUUGUCCCUCUAAUUGGAUACUGUUGUGAGCAGAGUGAAAGGAUUCUUGUUUAUGAGUAUAUGGCUUGUGGUACACUGGCUGACCACCUCUACAAACUUGGAAGAAACGAUAGUAAUUCUUCUUCUCUCAACUGGAAGCAUCGCUUGAGUAUCUGCAUUGGAGCUGCUCGAGGCCUUGAAUAUCUUCACACUGGCCAUGGAGUCAUCCAUCGAGAUGUGAAGGCUUCAAACAUCUUGCUGGAUGAAAAUUUCACAGCUAAGGUGUCCGAUUUUGGCUUGGCUAAAACUGAAGAUAGAAACAAGUUACAGAGCCAUGUUACCACACUGGUUAAAGGCACAAGGGGUUACUUCGAUUCGUAUUAUAUCAAAACUGGAAAAUUAACAAGGAAAAGUGACAUUUAUGCCUUUGGGGUGGUUUUGUUUGUGGCCCUAUGCGGGAGAGAAGCAUUAGAUUCAAGGGUUUUGGUUUUGGAGGAGGAGCGACUUUUGUCCAGUUGGGCUGUCGAUAAAAUUAAUAAAGGAGAAGUUGAUCGGAUUGUAGAUUCAAAUUUAAGGGAGGAAAUCUCGCCAAACAGUUUGAAGACAUUUGUGGAGGUUGCUGAAAGAUGCUUGCGUGAUGAACCAAAGAAUCGGCCAACAAUGUCUCAAAUUGUCGUACAACUUGAGUUUGCACUGGAGCAGCAAGAGAGCAAAGAACAACGUGAUGCGCCAGAUAAAUUUGAUCAUGUUGCUAAUGAUGUGUAUCCAUCUAAUGAAGACAAUAUAUCCUCCGAAAAUGUUGAGCAACCGGGAGAAGCCUCUACUGAGGUGGAGACAUUUACAUCUAUUUUCAAUAGGAUACGUGAUUCUCGGGACAGAGGAGAUGCAAAGAAACCAAAGGCACAUAGCCUGUUAAGAUUCUGGACAUGGGGUGUCUUUAGGAGCACGAUAAGACCGUCUAAGAGAAAAGAAUUAAUAAGCUUAAUAUCAGAAAUUAGUGCUUCAUACAUCAACUUGCCGAAGUUUGAUCUGACCAGCAUUGCCACUGCGACCAAUCAGUUCUCCGAUUCAGAGAUGAUUGAAGUCUUUGAAGCUAGGGAAAGAUAUUCUGUGUUUAAGGCUGUAUUACCUACAGGGAAAACAGUUGCAGUUAAAAGGUUUUCUUUAUCAUGGCUUGAUGAGUUCAAAAAUGAGAUAUCUCUGACUUCCAGACUGGACCACCGAAACAUCGUUAAUCUACUUGGAUACUGCAUUCAUGAAAAUGGAGAGGCGAUGUUACUCUAUGAUUACAUGGCUCAAGGCAAAUUAUCUGACCAUCUCCACAACUCAGGAAAUUCCUCAUUGUCAUGGAAACAACGCCUUCAAAUUUGUAUAGACGCUGCCAAGGGAUUAGAGUAUCUUCACACUGGGUCUGAGUACCCCAUCAUCCACCGCGAUGUUAAGUCCUCCAACAUCCUCCUGGAUAAUAAAUGGAUGGCCAAAGUGUCUGAUAUUUUCCUCACAAGUGUUUGUCUCUCGGCCGAUGCCACCCAUUUAACCACGAGGGUGCGAGGAACCUUUGGUUACCUGGACCCGGAGUACUUCCAAACUUAUCGGUUGACAGUCAAGUCUGAUGUAUACUCAUUCGGUGUGGUGUUGUUUGAAGUUUUAUGUGGUAAGAAAGCAAUACAUAGUUGCUCAGUAGGAGAUAUGGUGGGCAUGGCGUCCAGGCUUGAAUUAUAUUUGAAGCAAGGAAAACUUGAAGAAAUAGUUGAUCCUAAUCUUGAUGGCCAAAUUAAUCCCGUAUGCUUUGAGAUAUUUACUGAAACAGCCAUCGCAUGCCUGAAUCGCCGAGGGGAUGAUCGGCCAGCAAUGAGAGAUGUUGUACAGAAUUUGGAGUUGGCUAUGGAAGCUCAAAGCAUCGGGUGAUGGUGACGGCUUCAUUACGUUUGAGCGGUGUUGGCUGUAAAGAGGAAGUAGAUAAAUAGUACUAAAAGAAACUGAAAUUGGAUAGAGAUUCAUGGUUGGUUGUACAGUCUUGUACUUGCCAUUUUUUUUUUUCUUCUUCUUUCUUUUUUCUUUUUAGAGCCUAUAUUUUGCAUUAAUUUUUUUUCUUUUUCGUUUUUUCGAAAAAAUUGGCCGUUUGUUUUUUUGUUGCUUUUUCUUUUCGUUCCUUAUUUAUUUAUUUUAUUUAUUUUUGCCUUUAAUUUGUAGGCUUUGGAGUUUUUUGCA